GCAGCCCCAGGAGCCGCGCUCCCCGAAGCAGCAGCAGCAGCAGCAGCGGCAGCCCCAGGAGCCGCGCUCCCCGAAGCAGCAGCAGCGGCGGCGGCCCCAGCGGCCCCCUCCGGCGCGGGCCGCAGUCCGGGGGAUCCCGCCGCGGGCGCCGCCCGUAGGCGCUCGGCUCCGAGCCCCCCCUGCCCUCGGCCGGCCGCGCUCCCCCGCUCCCUUCCGCCUGAUGCUCCAGGCUGACCCCGGGACCGCGGGGAGCACCCGGCCAUCGCGGCCGCCGGCCCGGCUCGCGCUGAUCUGGGGAGCAGUGUCUGCGGCGGGGCCCAGCCCGGCUGCCACAACUUGCUGCGGGGGAAGCAAGCUCCGGUCCUGCCCCCCGCCUCCCGCCCGCGCCUCUCCCCCCGGCCUCGGCAAGGCCAUGGGGGCGCUGCUGGCGCUCUGCCUGCUGCUGGGCGGGCUGCGCUGGGGCCCCGCCGGCGCGCAGCAGGACGGAGAGUACUGCCACGGCUGGGUGGACGCGCGCGGCAACUACCACGAGGGCUUCCAGUGCCCCGAGGACUUCGACACGCUGGACGCCACCAUCUGCUGCGGCUCCUGCGCCCUGCGCUACUGCUGCGCGGCCGCCGACGCCAGGCUGGAGCAGGGCGGCUGCACCAACGACCGCGGCGAGCUGGAGCACCCGGGGAUCACCGCGCAACCAGUCUAUGUGCCAUUCCUGAUCGUCGGUUCCAUCUUCAUCGCCUUCAUUAUCCUGGGCUCCUUAGUAGCCAUUUACUGUUGCACCUGCUUAAGACCUAAACAGACCUCCCAGCAGCCCAUUCGCUUCUCCCUCCGAAGCUACCAGAACGAGACCCUCCCCAUGAUCCUGACCUCGGGCACCCUGCGAGCGCCCUCCAGGCAGUCCAGCACCGCGACCAGCUCCAGCUCCAACGGAGGCUCGGUGCGGAGAUUCUCCUUUGCCAGAGCCGAGUCCGGCUGCCUGGUGCCCUCACCUCCCCCGCCUUACACGUCGGGCUGCUUACAGACGGCUCACCCCAUCCACCUGGCGCAGCCCUCCGGCUUCCUGGUGUCCCCCCAAUACUUUGCUUAUCCCAUCCAGCAGGAGCCCGCGCUUCCCGGGAAGAGCUGCUCGGACUUCAGUCCCAGUUGACAUGAAUAAUGCAGCAGAACCAAGGACAGAUGGACUGCGUCUGAGUCAUGUUCAUGAUGUUCUAGAGCAGCAGCAGCAGCAGCAGCAGCAGCAGCAGCAGCAAAUCAUCAUGGAGAAGUACUAGAAUUAACGCCUUCUCCUCUUUUAGAUCCCACAAAAUGAAUAUUGUAGGUUAUUGGGGUUUUUCAAGGUGACCUUUACACUUUAAUUUGAUAUCUUUACUCAUAAUUACAGCAAUUAGAACUUUAAUCCAAUAUUCCGGUGAAAACAUUUCACCCCUCAACGCAAAACAUUAUUUGUAUAGAAGAUAUUAGAAGUUACUCUUGUAAGCCUGAAUGAUUAAUUUAAUUAUAAUAAAAAGGAAGUACCUCUUUAUAGUUAUCAGAAAUUCAUUUUUAAAAACCCUAAUCACUUCUUAAUAAACUAAGAACACCCUGAGCAUCUUGGACAGUAUUUAAGUGUGUCAAUAUAAUUAUUGUAUUAAUAGUCAUACAAGUUGAAAUACAUACUUUUCAGAAGAUGCCUGAAUGAUUAAUUUAAUUAUAAUAAAAAAGGAAGUACCUGUUUAUAGUUAUCAGAAAUUCAUUUUUAAAAACACUAAUCACUUCUUAAUAAACUAAGAGCACCCCGAGCAUCUUGGACAAUAUUUAAGCGUGUCAAUAUAAUUACUGUAUUAAUAGUCAUACAAGUUGGAAUACAUACUUUUCAGAAGACAAAACAUAUGAAAAAAUUUAAUUAGUAAUUUUCAUGGUCAGGCAAAUCCUAACUAAAAUUUCCCUCUAAGGAAUAUUUAUUGUGAACUUUUGUUCAGUGACAUUUAGUAUAUAAAUGAAAGUGGGACAAUUGAAUCUUAAAGUUUUAUUUGUAAAAUUAAUUAUGUAAAAAUGUGAAGAUAUUUGUAAUUUAAUGUAUUUACACAUUGACAAUACUAAUUAUUUAGUAAUCACAAUGAAUUUUUAUGUUAAUAAAAGCUGUGGUUAAAAUUC